AUGGAAGAGCUGCUUGCACGACAUCGAAAGGAGAAGAAAGACCUUGCCGGCGAGCUGACAACGCUCAAAAAACAGGUUUCUGGCGACAAAAAGAAGAAGAAGGAGGUCACAAGACAGUGUGAGGACAAGGAGCGGGAGCUCAAGGAACGACAUCAGCAGGAGAUCGCCGAGCUGGAAAGCGGUGGGGCAGUGGAUCAGAUCAAGGAGGAGGUUGUAGAGGACGAAGGAGAAGACGAAUUCUCGCCCGAAAAACUGCUGGCUCAAUUGGAGCUCGCCAAGGAGCAGGAAGAAGCCACCACUAAAAAGAAGAAGGGUCCUGCUGCUGAACCCGUCGGAAGCCAAGCCCCCUCGGGCCACAAGCCCAAGAAAAACCGACAGAAGGAGCGGGCGGCUCGAAAGGCUGCGGAGCAGGAGGCUAUCAGACAACAGGCUCUUGAUGAGGCAGCCCUACAGCCUGAUCUGCGAAAGAUUGAGAUGGAAAACAUUGAGUCGUUGACCAAGCUCAAUGGAACUACGGUCCAUGAUAUUGUGCCCGACGGUCACUGUCUGUACUCAUCCAUUGCCGACCAGCUGGCUGUUCGACAUGAGGUUGAUGUUGACGUUCAGACCCUUCGAACCAAAUGCGCUGCGGAAAUCAGACGAGAUCGAAAUAGUUACAUCCCGUUCCUGUUCGAUGAAGCGACCAUGUCUAUCAAGGACGUGGAUUCGUACACCAAGGAGCUGGAGGAGACUGCUAUUUGGGGAGGAGAUCUGGAGAUCCUGGCCCUGGCUAGAGUGUAUGACUGCCCCAUCUCUGUGCUCAUGAGUGGCCGCCCUGUUCACCGCGUCAAUGAGGAGGGAAAUAAGGAGGAGCUGAAAUUGGUGUAUUACAAGCACAGUUAUGGUCUCGGAGAGCAUUACAAUUCGUUGAGAGGAUAG